AUGGCGCUCACCAAGCCGCCGCCUCAAAACCACUGCGACGACCCGUCCACCCCUCUCCACACUCUCGACUGCGAACACGUCAUCAAGCCGCCUUCGUCGCCUUCCACACCGGUGUGCUUCCCGGCCCCAAAGUCGCCAUGCUCAACAAACUCCUGGCUCAAGCGACAAGAAAACCUGCAUCAGCAUCCUUUCAUCUGCCCCGCGUGCAUUGAAGACCGCAUACGCAGCCAAUACCCGCGAUAUAUCGAAGAGCGGAAGAGAGCCUCGGGUGCACGGAGACUGACGGACGACGUAGAGACAAAUGUGCAGCUUUGGACGUACGAAACUGUGCUGAAAGCCGUAGGGAAGGGAGGUAGGAUAGAGGUGGAGGAGCAGAACAAAGUCACGCCCGAUGAAGAUGCAGAGAUGGACAACUUAGCCGAGCAGCUUUUGGACGCAAAAAUUGCGAUUGCUCAAGACAGCGCAAUUGAUCGUCUUAUGGAAGAGGUGUCAAGAUUGUAG